AUGCCACCCACCAUUGUCUUCAUCCGCCACGCCCAAGCGGUCCACAACCUGGGCAAGGCCAACCAUGUCCUCCACGACCCGAACCUCACUGACCUAGGCCGCCAACAAUGCCUGGAACUCCGGGAGCACCUCCAAACCCACCUCCCCGCAGACCGCAAGAUACAGCUGAUCAUCACAAGCCCCAUGCGGCGGGCGAUCCAAACCACCUUAAUCGCGCUAGACUGGCUGAUCGACUCCGGCGUACCCGUCAUCCCCGAUGCCCGCUGGCAAGAAAACUAUCCCAAACCCUGCGACACCGGCACCCCCGCCCCCACCCUCGCAACCGAGUUCCCCCAGCUCGAUUUCUCGACCCUCGACCCCGUCUACCCGGACAAGACCUCCCCCGCGGGCGCGGCCUACCACUUCUCCAAGACGGCUGUGCUGGCGCGCGGGCAGGCGGCGCUGGCCGACCUGUAUGCGCGGCCGGAGGAUGUGGUGGUGGUGAUGUCGCAUUCGGGCUUUUUGAGGACGGCGGUUGUGGGGCGGUGGUUUGGGAAUGCGGAUUAUAGGGUUUUUGAUUUUGUGGAGGGUGAUGGGGAUGGGGAUAGGGAGGGGUUGGGGUUGGUGGAGUGGGAGCUGACGAGGGGGAAGGGGGGAAUGGGGGGGAGUAAGGGGGAGGUGGUGGCGCUUGGGGAGGGGUUGCCGGAGGAGUGAUGCGCGUUGUAUGGGAGUUGGGGAGGACGCGUUUGUACCUAGUGGGCUCGUUAAUUAC